AUGCUGUCUUUACUACUAAGACAAGUAAUAAGACACAAUUACAAGAAUGGAAUUCAUAAUAAUCUACUACGAGGUCAUAAUCCACUACUAAUAAAAGUUUUAAAACCAUCAAUUCCUAUUUUACAACCAGUAAGAUUUCUAUCUAAAACAUCAAUAAAUCGUCAGCAACAAAAGGAUCUCAUACCUAAAGAGAAACCAAACUUACCAAUUCAAAAUAACAAACAAUCACUCACCAAAGAGCAAUUAUUAUCAAAAGCAAAUAAUUUUUUUGAUAGAUUUAAAGUACGAAUAAAAUGGUUAUUAAAACGACUGAAUCGACCAUUUAAUACUGAUGAUUAUUCUGCAUUUUUUUCAUGGUUAGUUAUGGGUAAUGUUUUGUUGUUUUUCCUUGCGACUACUACAUUUGUAUCAUUAGUUAUUUUUACUGCCAAUACAGUAUUUGCUCAAGAAUUUGUAGCUAGGAAGAUAGGUGAGUUUAUUACUAAAAAUUCAAAUUUAAAUGUUACUUUUGAAAAUGCAGUUGUACCUGGCUGGUCAGAUGGGAAAAUUAUUUUUAGAAAAGUAUUUGUAAGUAAAAGACCAAAAAAAGUUGAAAAAUUUAUCAAGGCAUCUCAAAAACAAGCUUAUGAAAGUAGUUUAAAUAAUAAUACUGAUGAGGAGAAAGAUAUUUUUGAGGAUGAUGGGAAUUAUACUCAAUUUGAUUUAACUAUUGAAGAAGUAAACAUAUCUUUAUCAAUUAAUAAAUGGCUUAAUGGUACUGGAAUGAUUGAAACUUUAGAAAUUAAAGGUAUGAGAGGUGUAGUUGAUCGUACUCACGUUCAUUGGGAUCCCGAUGAUGAUGCAACAAAUUAUCUAAAUAUCUACCAACCUGGUGAUUUUGAAUUUGAAGAUUUUAGAAUGGAAGAUGUUUUAUUUACAUUAUUACAACCUAAUGAUUUUAGAAAAUUCGACGUCGCUAUUUAUAAUUGUGAAUUAUCUAAAUUACGUAAACAUUGGUUAUUUUAUGAUUUUUUAAAUGCAAAUGUAAUGAGUGGUUCAUAUGACAACUCAUUGUUUACAAUUCAUAAAAAGCAAAGAUUAAGUGAUUUUAGUAAUAAUCAAGAUGAUUCAGAGAAAUGGAAAAGAGUAACAAGGAUGAGAGUAGAUAGUUUGAACAUUGACCAUUUAAAUACUGGAUUAGAAGGUCCAUUUGGUUGGAUAUAUAAUGGUAAAGUUGAUAUGAUUGGUGAUGUAAUGGUUCCAAAAGAAAAUAAUGAAAUUAGUGUAUCUGAAAUAGUUACUAUGAUUACUGAUUCAAUUAAAAAAGAGGCUACAAGGUAUAAGAACCCAGAAGUACAUCAAAAACACCCAGAUAUGCAUACAAGAUUAACUAGUGAUGAUUAUACUGAUAUACUGAAAUAUUUUGUAUUAGAUCUAACUAUAAAAUUAAGUAAUGUUCGAGCAAAAGUACCAUUUAAAACACCUGAAUUAUCAUAUAUUAAUUAUGCAUUAAUUAGACCAAUUGUAGCAUAUAUAAAUUCCAAAAACACAAUAAUUGAAAUUCAUAAUAGAAUAGUUAAAAACAUUCAAGAUUUCAGUGGGUCUUGGACAAUUUAUGAUUCAUUAUUAAUGGAUGAUAUUUCUGAAGAAGUAUAUGAUAAUUUUGUUGAUUAUGUUGCUGAUGAAGAAGCAAGAUUGAUAAGGAUGAAAAGGGUUGGAUUUUGGUCUUUACAAUUACUUGUACAAGUUAUAAUAUUUGGAAUUGGAGCAUUAGCGUAA